CCAAGUUAUAUUUGUUUAUGAUUUAAAAAUUAAUAUGAGUUAUAUAAAUGAACUAACAAAUAUUAAAUCUCUUUGUAGAAUAUGUUUAACGCAAAGCAAAAAUAUUAUUCCUUUAAACACAAAUUUGGAAAAUAUUGAAAAAAGUCCUCUAAUUAAGGAAGCUCUAGAAGAAGUUGUAGGCUAUACGAUAACUUGUAAUAAAGGGUAUCCUGAAGUAAUUUGCGCAAUGUGCCAAGGACUUCUUAAAAUAUCAUACAAUUUGAAAAUUCAAUUUAAAAAAUCCGAAAAAAUACUGUUACAACAUUUCAAAAAUAUGUCGGACCCUUUUAAGUUAAAUAAUGAAAACUCUGAAUCAAAAACUGAAGAUCUUUCUGAUGAAACUUCACAUGUAGAAAUAAUAGUAGGAUCCAGUAAAUAUGAUUUAAAAGAUAUUCUUAUUGUAGAAGAAGAAAAGUCGGACGAAGAAAAUUUCAAGGGUUUCCUAAAUAAUCUUGGGAAAACUGUUACAGCUAAAUUCGUUAAUAAAGCUAAAAGCCUCCAAAAGAGUGUGCAUGAAGAAAAAGCAAUAUUGCAGAUUGAAAAAUUAGAAUCUCCGACUAAAAAUGAAAAUGUCACAAAAAAAUUAAAACCCACUUUAGAAUGUUUAGAUCAAUAUAUAAUAACUCAAGAUGAUGAACAAUUCAUUCAAAAUGCUAAAAACAACUUUUGUAAGGCAAAUUUUAAUUUGGAAAAAUUUGGUUUAAAAAAUUUUACCGAUGCAGAUCAAGAUUUAUUUCAGAGUGCCUUAAGUAUGCAAUUGAAAUGCAAUAUUUGUGACAAAAUGUUUUCAUCUAAGGGGAGAUUUAAAAGACAUUUAGAAUCUUGUAAAAAAGUACAGUAUAAUGUGAUUAAAAAUGAAAGUGGAGGAAUUUUUGCGUUAAAAUGUCAUUUGUGCCCGAGAAUCUUUAAACAGAAGAAAUUCCUGAAUUAUCAUGAAAAAACGGCACACAGUACGGAACCUAUAAAAUAUAAAUGUGACAUUUGUGGCCAAACUUUACGAAACAGGAAUGUUCUCAUGUACCAUAAGCUCACAAAACACGGCGAAAGAAAAUUUGAGUGUGAAUUAUGUGAAAAAAAGUUUUUCACCUCAAAUGGUCUAAAAACCCACGUCCAAAGUCACACACAAAGAAAUGUUGCUCAGUGUGUUUGUCCCGUCUGCGGUAAAACUUUUCAUUACAAAGGAGGACUUUUCUAUCACAUGAAAUUGCACACCAACGAACGAAAAUAUUGCUGUGAAUUUUGUGACAAAAAAUUUUACACUCUGAAUGCUAAGAAACGCCAUACCCUUACUCAUACAGGUAUUCGUCCGUAUGCUUGUAAGUACUGUGAUAAACGAUUUUUUUCCACGGGAGAAGGGCAUAAACACGAAUAUUUGCAUACCGGUGUACGGCCUUAUUCUUGCCAGUACUGCAAGAAAGGGUUUUCGUCUUCGUACAAUAUGAAAGUCCACCUCGUCAGUCACCCCGGUCCUUACGCCUGUAAGUUCUGUGACAAAACUUUCGUUAACAUGAACGUUCUCAAAUUUCAUCACAGAACGAAACAUUCUAUCACUGAGGAAGUGGAAGAUAAUCUAGAAUUAAGCAAUACUCAACCCAAUCAGGUACCGGGAAGUCAAGUGGUUCUCGAAUUGUGUUCAGUGUAA